UCCCCUUAAGUAGUGCAUAGUCUAUAUAAACUUUGUUAUCUCCCUUUAAUUUUUCCAAAAUUUCAGUUCCUUAGCUUUGUCCAUUUCAUUAUUUCUACCUUUUCGUUCUUCUAGACUUCUCGUGAAAAAGCUUCUCUCUUCUUGCUUUCUCGUGUGCAUUUUUUGUGUACUUACACAUACUUUUAUCAGCACAAAAAGUCUUAUCUCUUACUCCUUUAUUAUACUGAACUCCAUUGAAACAGAGAGGAAAAUUGCUAUGGCUCUACAGACACAUGUUGUUGUGUUACUUUUAUUUUCUUGUUUGUUUAGGUCUUCAUAUUCUUAUCAAUUUGUGGUUAAUUGGGUCCCUAAUCCUUCUGAAAAUUACAACAGUUUGUCUCAACGUUUGAGAUUCCAAAUCAAUGACUCUGUUUUGUUCAAGUAUAAGCAAGGAGGAGAUUCAGUGUUGGAGGUGAGCAAGGAUGAUUAUGACAAGUGCAACACAAACAGUCCAAUCAAGAAGAUGGAGGAUGGAAACUCCAUGUUCACAUUUGAUCGUUCUGGUCCUUUUUAUUUCAUAAGUGGCAACAAAGAUAGUUGUAAUAAAGGACAAAAGAUACAAAUUGUUGUAAUAUCUGUUAGGAAAACAACCCCACCAGCACCCAAAACUCCGGCACCGGCGGCCACCCCUCCAGCAACCGCUCCGCCUAGCAACGGAUCAUCCACACCAUCACCCAUGGUGUCACCACCAUCUCCCUCUGCAGGUUCUACUACUCCACCACCCAAAACAUCAGCCCCUUCCGCCAGCUCUCCGGUGGCUGCUCCGCCUAAAGGAUCGUCCACACCUACUAUACCAUCACCAAAUGGGGCACCAACUUCUACACCUACAGGCAAAACACCGACCUCAUCACCUACACCUGCCGGUUCAAAUGUAUCUCCUCCGUCUCCUGCGACCGGAGGAACUCCAACAAUAUCUCCGGCAGCAAAUGCACCGUCAACCAAUAGUCCAAGUUCUUCAUCACCGGCAGCAGGCGGUCCAUCUGGAAGUAUUAUUGCACCGACAGCAGGGGGACCAUCUGCAGGAGGACCGUCUGCAGGCGGACCCUCUGCAGGUUCAUUAGCACCUGCAGGAGGGCCAUCCGCCGGUGCAUUAGCACCGGCAGGAUCCCCGGGCAAUGCACCGGCAGGAUUCCCGGGAAGUCCAGCGGACAUUAAUUCUCCAAAUUCAUUUGCAGUACAGGCAUUUACUCCAUCAGUUGUCCUUGUGUCAGCCGUUUCACUGGUGUUGACCAUGGCUUUGGGAGACUUUAUUAUUUCACCUUAGGGUAAAAUAAUAAGUAAAGUUUGUGUUUAUUUAUAGUUUCUAUCUCCUUUUUUUGUUUUUGUUUUUUUAAUUUCUUGAAUAAUUCGGAGAUUGGAGUGUUUUGGUAUACAAGAGAUGUAUUUAAUUGUUUCUUUUUAAUUUUUGUGGGUGACUUUGAAUUUGAAUUUAUGUGAGUAUGUAUCUGAUUAAUUCUA